AUGUAUUUGACAAAAGACAGGAGAGUCAAUGUCCGACAACCUACGAGCCCGUCACCCUCAAGCCUACCACCCCAGGAUUCUCAAUUUCAGCAAUCCUCGUCGAGGGAUACGUUACCGUUGGCCGCACCAAAUAGAGAAUCUGAUGCGAACCAGCUGCAUGACAUUUUUUAUGCCUCCCCCGGGCAUGAUUCUGAGUCUAUUAGAACAUCGUCGGGGGGGAUCCGCCCCGAAGCCCGUCGUCAACUUUCUGACCUUUCUAGACCGGCGUCGAUAAGAGCCCCUUCCGAAGUCAUCAGGAGUACAGAUUAUGCUAGUGGCAGUAGCGGUGGGUAUUCUGGAGAGUCGUCGUCACAAAAUCUCCUAGCGCCGGUAGACCCUACCGAUCUCAACAAAACCAGAGCUCUCCGCAAUCAUAGCUUAUGGCAAUUCGACAUUGAGCUGAGGACUCUAAUCGAAAAAGCUGGGUGGUACCCCACCAAACAGACACUAUUCAAAAACCCGAUGUCCUCGGUAUUGGAAUUGAUGUCUAUGGUCAGAAAUUCAUGGAAUUUUGCCAGGGCGGGCGACGACUUUCCAGCGGAGUUGUCGACUGGAGUGUUUGGACAGGCAAAGGCAGUAAUCGGAUUAUAUUACGGCCUAGCAGGCAUGACCGGCGAGCAAGCAAAAGACCGUGUCGAUUACCUCCUGACAGAUGACCGUUUCAAUUAUGAUACCACUCAUUGCGAGGCAGCAACUGGAAGAAUGGUGUCUUCAAUAAGGACUGUUACGGCGGUGAGCACCCCGUCUUUCAUCUGGUCAGGUUAUCGACAGGUAUCGUUAUUGACGGUGGUGCUAGUAAUUUUUGAGAGGCACAUGCACACAUGGAAGAGAUCCUUCCCCGACGAUGAGACCUCAAAUCUAGUACUGAAAGGGAUUCGACACGAGAUAUUGAAACGGAUUAAGAGGACAAACUGCUGCACGAUUACCGCCACAGAGAGCAGGGAGGCAAUUAUUGACCCUGGAGUAGGCAACUUUUUGGAGGGUCUCCGAUCCAAGCUCAGUACAGAAACUGACAACGAGGAUAUAGGGUCCGACUAG